UCGUCGUAGCAAGUUGUUCUCACUGUCAGUUUCCUACUUGUGCGGGGCAGUUAGACGAGAGGGCCACCAUGGUGCUGAACCCUGUCAUUUCCAAGCUCUCUGGUAAACUGGUCGUGCUGGCAAGUGCUUCUCCAAGGAGACUGGAGAUUCUCCGCAAUGCGGGCUUACGCUUUGAGGUGGUACCGUCCUGGUUUAAAGAAACUCUUGACAAGGGACUUUUCAAAGCACCUCAUGAGUAUGCAGUUGAGACAGCCAAACAGAAAGCCCUGGAGGUGGCCAGGAGGAUGCCCUUUAAACACUUGAAAACUCCAGACAUAGUAAUUGGAGCAGACACUAUUGUGACUGUGGAUGGCAUGAUUCUAGAGAAGCCAGUGGACAAACAUGAUGCUUACAGAAUGCUGUCAAGCUUGAGUGGUAAAGAGCACAGUGUCUUCACUGGUGUAGCUAUUGUCCUCUGUCAUGAGAAAGAAAAUGAAGAAGUGGAUUACCAGCUGAUUGACUUCUACGAAGAAACAAAGGUGAAGUUUGCUGAUCUCUCAGAAGAUAUGCUGUGGGAGUAUAUCAAUAGUGGUGAACCCAUGGACAAGGCUGGCGGUUAUGGUAUCCAGGCUCUUGGGGGCAUGCUGGUGGAGUACGUCCAUGGAGACUUCCUCAAUGUUGUGGGUUUCCCCCUCAACCACUUCUGCAAACAGCUGGACCUUAUUUACAACCACUGUGCUUCCUCCUCUGACCAGGAAAGUGCUUCUGUCCAUGUGAGCCACAACGGCACUCACACCACCUCAAUAACCACUCAGCCCCCACCCAACCUGCCAGCUCAGUCCAGCCACAUUCCCAGUUCUUCAGCCAAACACAGCUCCUCACCCGGCCCCAGGCCUAACAGCCCAUCCGCCACUCAAACACACCCCACCAAUGACAGCCCUUCAUUCAGUCCUGUCCAUAAGGUGAAAAGGAAAGGCAGUGAAAGUGAAGCGGGUGAGAGUUCUUGGAUGUUGGUCAACAGCUUGUCUAAACAUACAGAAAACAGAGCAGCUGAGCUCCGAGACUCUGAGAAUGCAACAUUACCGCUGAUCCCCAGCAGAGGGCAGGCGAUUGAGCUCAAUGUGACAGAGCACGAGGACAGUGAACUUAAAAAUCAGGACUUGCAACAAAUCACAGCGCUAAUGGACGGAUUCAAAGCCUCAAAGGCACUGUUCACUGCAUCUGAGUUGUGUGUGUUUGACCUGCUACAUAGCAGACCACGGCUGGAUGCAGCACAGGUGGCCCAGGAGAUCAAAGCCUCUGUGAAGGGGACUGAAUGCCUGUUGGAGGCUUGUGUGUCUCUGGGGCUGUUGAAGAGCAAAGAGAGAACGCUCCAAAAGCCUGUGUAUGAGAACACAGAUCUGGCGAUGCGUUUUUUGCGGUCAGAUGCGCCUUUUUCCCUGCACGGAUACAUCCAGCAUUGUAACAACACAAUAUGGCCUCUUUUCUCCCACCUUGAGAGUGCUGUGCGGGAGGGUACCAACCAGCAUGAGAAGGCCUUUGGCAAGAUAUCUAAGGAUGUGUUUCAGGAUGCGUACUACAACAGUCAAGAAGUGAAACUGAGAUUCAUGAAUGCCAUGCACAGCAUUGCCAAAGUUACAGGAAAAGCUGUGGCAACAGCCUUUGACCUUUCCAGAUAUAAAACGGCCUGUGACCUCGGAGGAUGCACUGGUGCCAUGGCCUAUGAGUUUACUAAAGCCCAUCCUGGGUUGUCUGUGACAGUUUUUGACCUACCCGCUGUUGUUGAGAUGAGUGAGCAUUUCCAUCCACUGCAAAAAGACAACAGGGUGUCAUUUGUAGCAGGAGACUUCUUUAAAGACGAGUUGCCCAAAGCAGACUUGUACAUCCUGGCGAGAAUUCUUCAUGACUGGCCUGAUGAGAAGGUGCAUAUUUUGCUGAGGAAAAUCGCAGAUGCAUGCACACCAGGCUGUGGACUCCUGAUAAGUGAGAUCUUCCUGGAUGAAGACAGAGGGGCCCCGAGUCGUGGGCUGCUGCAGGCCCUCAGCAUGAGCGAGGGGAAACAGAGGAGCGCGACAGAAUACAGCCUGCUUUUGAAGAGCCACGGUUUCAUCGCAGCACAUGUCAGACACACAGACAACUUCCUGGAUGCUAUGCUUUGCAUCAAAGUGUGACUGAAAUCAUUCUGAACAACACUAUGCAAAAGGUCUUGUAGUAUACUGUAUUCUGUAGGUAACUUUUGCCAAGAUCAAUGUUUUUAUGAAGAAGCAUGAGUCUGUAAAGCAGCCUCUCUGGAUCAGUAAUAGUCUUUUUGUGUUUUGUAAAGAUUCAUUAAAUGAAAAAACCUCUUUAUCUUUGAGGUUUUGAACACUAAACAAAGUAUAUUAUUGUGUAUGUGUUAUUAGCUAUUUUAUAAUUUUCAAAGUCUUGAACAGUCUCUUAUGUUGGACCUUAGGAUGUGCAGUGCUCAUAGCUGAGACCAUGUUGGCUGGACAGACGCCCUACUCUGCUCUGCAGUCUCUGAACAUGCUUGCCCAGACUGAGGGACA